UUAAGGUCCAUGAACACAAACAGUGCUGAAGAUCUGUCAGAUGUCUCAGAGUGGGUCACACACUAAGGAGACUCACAAAGAUUAAUACACAGAGCCAGACAUCCACAUAUUUAAGUUAUGCAAAAUGGACGUUACUGCGAAGAGAACUGGUAAGAGCACUGGCUCCCUGUCAGGAAGCUGCCUGGGAAGUUGAAUUAAAAUUCAGAGGUGGUGACAUGGACAGAGACAACCAGACUAGAGUGGCAGGAUUCCUUCUCCUGGGACUCUCUGGGCAGUCAGGGCAGGAGGAGGUCCUCUUUGGGCUAUUCCUGUGGAUGUACCUGGUCACCGUCAUCGGGAACUCUCUCAUCGUCUUGGCCAUCAGCUGUGACAGUCAUCUCCAUACGCCCAUGUACUUCCUCUUGGCCAGCCUCUCCUGUGUCGACAUCUGCUUUUCCUCAGUCACCGUCCCAAAGAUGCUGCUGAAUCACACACUGGGAAGCAAGUCUAUCUGCUAUGUGGAAUGUAUGACCCAGAUCUACUUCUUCAUCACUUUCAUCAACAUGGAUGGGUUCCUCCUGAGUGUGAUGGCCUAUGACCGGUACGUGGCCAUCUGCUGCCCCCUCCACUACACGGUGAUCAUGAAGCCCAAGCUCUGUAUCCUGCUGGUGGCUGCAUCCUGGGUCAUCACAAACCUGCAUGCUCUCCUGCACACCCUCCUCAUGGCCCAGCUCACGUUCUGCUCCAACAAUACUGUGCAUCACUUUUUCUGUGACCCCUAUGCAGUUCUAAAGCUGUCUUGUUCUGAUACCUCUAUCAACGAGUUGAUGGUGUCUGUUGCAGGUGGACUUAUGUCUCUUACACCAUUCACAUGUAUCACUGUUUCAUAUGCCUUUAUCUUCUCUAAUGUACUGAAGUUGCCAUCUACCCAUGGAAUAAGGAAAGCCCUGUCCACAUGUGGAUCCCACCUGACUGUGGUCUCCCUCUUCUUUGGGGCCAUCCUGGGGGUCUAUAUGCGCCCUUCAUCCUCCUACUCAGUGCAAGACACGGUGGCCACUGUCAUCUUCACAGUGGUGACUCCCUUGGCAAAUCCCUUCAUCUACAGCCUGCGAAAUCGUGACAUGAAGGCAGCCUUAAGGAAACUAAUUAUUAGGCGACUAAUCUUGUCAAGACCCUAGAAUUAGAAAAUUUUAGAGUUGAAACAGCUGUUGGAAAUCAUGCAUUUCUUCAUUUUUCAAGAGACUCUCAGGCCCAGAUAGGUGCAAAAUUCACCCAUGACUAUUUCUCUAAUUAGUACUAGAUCAUGAUCACAUUUUAAAAUGAAGCUGACAGGGGUUCAUAAGUUGUGAAAUCAUUCAUUUGUUGCCUAUAGGAAGGGCUGAUACUAUGACUGUCAUUAUACAGUAAAAACUAGACCGAGGCCCAGGUGAAUUAGAUGACUGAUCCAAGUGACACCUGGAUGCAUUUUUUAAGGGUGAGUCUAGCAAUGCUACAAGAUGCUGGCCACCACAAUGGGACGGGAAUAGCAAAUGACCUUAGAAACAGGCUUUUUAGACUCAAUUGCUGUAUGUGAUCUCUCAUGUAAAAAGUGAAGAAACCAUGUUUAAAUUGGUUUGGGUUUGAGAUUUCAGAAGCAGGAAAAGCAGAAAAUAGGCUACAUAUGCCAGCUGAGAGCUAUAUAUGCUAAUAGAAUUUUACCAAUCUCACCCCAAUUAUCCUACUGUGCAUAAUAAUAAAUCAAAUACAACUGACACUUAUCAAGUGAUUUCAAUAUGCUCAAGACUAUCUCUAUUAUUUUACUUAAUCUUCAUACAACCUUAUGAGGUGAUACUAUAAAUAUUCCCAUUAUACAGUGAGGAAAUGUAGUCACAGGGAAUACUCAUCCAAGCACACACAACUACUAACUACUGGAGCCAGAAUAGUCACAACCAUUUCCUCUUCAGGUACUUGGUGAUUUUCUUCUUUUACUUUUUGGUUGUUAUUUUUAUUAUUUUUAAACUUGUAUACAGUAAAAUUGACCUUUUUUUAAACAUACAGUUCUAUGAGCUUUAAGACACCUUUAGAUUUGUAUAACCAUCACAGCUACCAGGAUAAAUAACAGUUCUAUUUCCUGAAGUAGUUCAUCCAUGCUGUCCCUUCGUAGUCCAAGUCUCCCUCCACUCCUAACCCCUGAAAACGAGUAAUAUAUUCACCCUCUGUUUUGCUUUUUCCAGAAUGUUGUAUAGAUGGAAUCACAAUGUAUGUAACCUGUUUAGUCUUAUUUUUUUCUUUUGGCACCUGCUUUUGGGAUUCAUCCAGUUGUUGUGUAUAUCAAUAUUUUGCUCCUGUUAUUGCUGAGUAAGAUUCCACUGAAUGAAUGGAAAACUGUAAAAUGAAUGGAAAAUACUGUAAAAAUGAGCAUACAGGUUUUGUGUUUCUAUUUCCCUAGGGAAAUAUCCAGAAGAUUCUUGGGUUAUAUAUAACUGUGUAUUUAAAUUUACAGAAAUUACCAAACCAUUUCCCAUAGCAGCUAUGAUAUUUUGGAUUCCCACCUGCAAUCUGGGAGAGAUCCAGUUGUUUGCCUUCUCACCAGCCCUUGGUAUUGUCAGUGUGUAAUAGUAUUUUAUGGGAUCUAAUUUGAAUUUUUCUAAUUGCAAAGGAUAUUGAGCAUCUUUUCAUGUGCUUAUUUGCUAUCUAUAUAUUUUCUUUGGUGGAAUGUCUGUUCAAAUAAUUUGCCCAUUUUGUGAAUUUAUUUUUCACUAUUGAGUUUUUUAAUGUUUUGUAUAUAUCCUAGAUAGAAAUCCUUUGUUAGAUAUUGUGAUUUGCAUAUAUUUUUUGUCUGUGCCUUGUUUUCCAUGCUUUUAACAGAGGCUUUUGCAGAGCAAAAGUUUUUAAUAUUAAUGAUCACCAGUCAUUAAUUUUUGCUUUCAACCACCAUAUGCAUUUUAAAGAACUUAAGAGGAGAAAAACAUAGUUAUUCAAAUAUUUGUCAUUUUCAUUCAUUUUUUUCUAACCCAGAAGCUUCAAAUUCCUCUCUGAUACUAGUUCCCUUCCACUUAAAGAGCAUCCUUUUGCAUUUUAAAAAAGAUCAAUGGUGAAGAAUUCUUAAAGAAUAGAAUGGAAAUGAAUAAAUAUUUUGAAUUGAAUGAUAAUGAAAAUAAAUUGUAUCUUUAUAUUGUGUCUAUAUGAGAUGAUGGAUGUUAGCAGCUAUCACCUACUGUGAUAAUCAUUUCACAAAAUAUGUCAAUCAAACCAUCAUGCUGUAUGCCCUAAACAUAUACAGUGAUGUAUGCCAAUUAUCUUUCAAUAAAAUUGGGAAAAAAAGCAUAUGUUUGCUUCCCAAUUUGU